CCUUCUGGGUAAUAUCUGGUUUGUGUUUUUGCCUUCUGUAAAGAGUGCACAGAUGGCCGCCUUUCCCAUGGACAUAUGAGCUUGAAAAUACUAUGUAUGUAGUGUAAAUUUAAGUCAUACGUGACUAUGCGCUCUUAUCUCUCUUGUGGUAUGAGUAAGAAGUGCCUCAAACCGGGGACUUAAUUGUUUAUGGCUCCUGAUAUAAUGUGCAGUUGAAUUAGGCUACGAUGCUAAUUUAGCUUUCAAAACGGAAAUAAUUAAUAGUUGCACUUCAACUAAAACUGUUAUCGCACAGUUUAAUAAACCAUUUUGUAGGAUGAAUUGUCCACGUCUUUAAUGUUGUAAUGCACAAUAUCAAGAAUGUGUAUUCGCUCUCUGGCUUGUUAAACCAGGAAUAGGCUAUCCUUUGUUUUCAAUCGUAACGCUAUAUUGAUUGGUUGAAAGGGAAGCGGGGCAGUGAAACAAAAUGGAUGAAAGUGCCGAAAAUGUUGACAACGACGACAUUGUCAUUAUUGUGGAAAACGAGGCGGAAAGUUUGCCGGCCGAGGAAGAGCGGCUGAAGCCGCAAGGCGCCUUCGGGCUCAUGGACACCUGUCCCAUCUGCAAGUUGAGCUUCCACAACAGAGAGCCCAAACUGCUGCCGUGUCUUCACUCCUUCUGCAAGAGGUGUCUCCCGGCCCCCUUCAGGAGCGCAGACCCGAGGCGCGACUCACAAGGUCAAGUCGACACCAAAUCACUGGGUGCCGUUCGAUGUCCGGUAUGCAGACAGGAAUGCUGGGAGAUGGACAUGUUGGAUAAUUUCUUCGUCAAGGACUCUGCUGAGGUGCCGAGCAGCACCGUGGAGAAGUCCAGCCAGUUGUGUAUCAGCUGCGACGACAACACAGAGGCGACCGGUUACUGUGUGGAGUGCGUGGAGUUUCUGUGUGUGACGUGUAUUGAGGCGCACCAAAGGGUCAAGUUCACCAGGGAUCACACCAUACGCCAGAAGGAGGAGAUGUCUCCAGAAGCAGUAGGUAUGUCCACACAGAAGCCUGUGUUUUGUGACAUCCACAAGCAGGAGCCACUGAAGCUGUUUUGUGAGACGUGUGACCGGCUCACAUGUCGGGACUGUCAGCUGCUUAAGCACAAGGAUCACAACUACCAGUUUUUGGAUGAUGCAUACAGGAACCACAAGCAGCAUCUGGAGAACAUGACGCAGCAGUUGCAAGAGAAAAGAAAGGCCAUCGAGGACGUGUCCAGCUGUAUCAGCACCGGACUCCAUCACGUGGAGGAAAACCGGAUGUCUGUCACCAAUGAAAUAAAGAAGUCCAUCUGUAGCUUGAUCAUGGAGAUCAACAGGAAGGGAAAGAUUCUGGUUAACCAGCUUGAGGCUCUGACUAAAGACCACGAGCUGGGUUUGAAAAAGCAGCAAGAGGACGUCAACGCUCUGAGCAGGCACCUAGACCACGUCAUCAGCUUUACUAAAUGGGCCACAGCCAGCCAUAGCGGGACAGCCCUGCUGUACUGCAAGAGACUGAUCCUUUUCCAGAUCCAUUACCUGAUGAGAGCGAGCUGUAAUCCCUCCAUCGUCCCUCAGAGUACUGUUCGCUUUCAGUGCCGCUCUGGUUUCUGGGCCACGAACGUAGACCUUGGUGCUUUGGUGGUAGAAAGGGCCCAGAGCCGGCCACCCAUCACCAACCAGGCCCCAGGUCCCAGAGCAGAAGCGCCCACUGGAGGUCUUUCCGUCUCGGCUCAGCAGAGACAGAGCACGUUGGCUCAGCUCCAGAUGCAUGUGGAUAAGCUUGCCCAGCAGCCCACCAACAGACAGCCCCCCCCUAACCACUGGUCCUGGUACCAAAAUGUCAGGGUCCCAGGACACCCCGGCCCUCCACCCCCAACCAGACCCGCCCACGGAGGGUCCCCGUCCUCCCAAGGCCCUCCAAGCUUGGGACAACCGGGGCGCAGAUACGGAAGCUCCUACCCCAACCCUAGAAGCCCCACUUCAUCCAUGCUCCACAACCCAGGAUUCCCAGCUGCUCAGUCUCUGAGAGAUCUGAUCCAUAGCUCCAGCUUCCCCCCUAAACCCAUGGAUGUGUUGCAGGGUACGUCCCGCUACCCGCAGCCCCUCUCUGCUGGAGCAGCAACACAGAUGUCACUACAACAGCGGGGCCUAACGGAGUCCUCCUUCCUGAAGAGGAGUGAGUCUGGUGGAUCUGUCCCCUCCAUCACCAUCUCUAUUCCCAAACCCAGCUUUGGUCCGAGUCUAGCUGCAGCAAUUGCAGAAAAAACCAACGCGUUUAAUCACACAGCAGUUCAAGCACGGCAGAACUCCCCAAUGGCCAAACCGUCUUCCUCAGACAGAGGCACAGGGACGACUUCCUGGAGGCAGAGCUCUGAGCCUCCAUCGGCCCCAUCUGCCCCCUCAGCCAAGCGACGACGGAGGUUGUCCCCGGGGCCCAUCAUCGUCAUCAAGGACGAACCAGAGGACGAGGAUGACGUUCGAUUUGUGCAGUCCAGCGUCGGCUCCAGCCUGCCGGACAGCAGCACCGGGGCUCAGUCCAAGCCUCGGCAGCAGCUAAAGGUACCUGCACCAGUCCCGGAGGCCGGAGCGGAGUCCAGCAGAGAGGUCAAAGAGCAGCAUCCGCAGCCCACAGCGCAGCCCGAGUCCGAAAAGAGAGCGGAGCCGGAGGAGGACCCUAACGAGGACUGGUGCGCCGUCUGUCAGAACGGGGGGGAGCUGCUCUGUUGCGACAAGUGUCCCAAAGUCUUUCAUCUGGCCUGCCACAUUCCCGCUCUGAAUGAGUCCCCCAGUGGGGAGUGGUUCUGUUCGCUCUGCCGGGACCUCGACUCUCCUGAGAUGGAGUACGACUGUGACAGCAAGGAUGACCCUGUCUCUGAGUGCUUCCCACCUAUUGGAAGAAGGAGGUGUGAGAGGCUGCUCCUACGUCUGUUCUGCAAUGACUUCAGCACAGACUUCCAGCAGGCUGCUUCUCCAUCAGAGACAAAGCGGUACAAAGAGCUGAUCAAGACCCCGAUGGAUUUGUCGAUUGUCAAGAAGAAACUGGAGUCGAAGUCGCAGGAGGGAGACGGUUAUAACGGUCCGGAGGGGUUCGUCACAGAUGUCCGGCUCAUAUUUUUCAACUGUGCAAAGUACUACAAGGCGACCUCCGAAGUGGGGAGCGCAGGCUUGUACCUGGAGGACUACUUUGAGGAGCAGUUGAAACUGGUCUACCCAGAUACGCUGUUCCCCGGAGGGAGGGAAGAACAGAUGAUCCCUCCCCUGGAGGAGGAGAUAGACGAAGAGGAAGAGAUGGCGGCGGAGGAAACGGCUCCCGUUGAAGACGACAAACCACGAAGUCCCGCGGGAAACGGGAUCCCGCCUGUGGAGGACGACUUGCCGCCUCUGGAGGACGGCUUGCCGCCUGUGGAGGACGACUUGCCGCCUCUGGAGGACGGCUUGCCGCCUGUGGAGGACGACUUGCCGCCUCUGGAGGACGGCUUGCCGCCUCUGGAGGACGGCUUGCCGCCUCUGGAAGAAGCAGCGGCCCCUGCGGAGGAAGAAAGGUCCGAAACAGAGGAGAAGGCGGUCGACGCGAGUGAAGAGGGGGCGGACGACAAGGUAGCAGCCGCUGAGGGGGACACGCCUCCCACAGACGAGGCGGAGCAGGACGAGGAGAGUCCUGCGAAGGAAGCGGAAAGCUCUCCAGCUGCUGAUGGUGAAACAAAAGAAUCGGAGCCUCCCAAAUCCCCAAAGGAGGAGAGCCCUGAGCUCCCCACAGACACGGCUGUGGAUCCGCCCGAAACCCAGGAGGAGUCGGCUCCUGCAGACUCAGCUAAAGAGGAGGAGGAGGAGGGAUAGAUCACGGCAGAGAGAGAUGCUGUUGACAAGAUAGAUGAUUUCAGUCUUCCGCAGAAGUGGCCCCAGUGGGGACCGACAUUUGCUGCAAUCAGACAUUUCGCAAUCGCAAUUCUUUUGUAAUAUGUUACAUUUGCAAUAGGAAAAAAGGUACUGCUAUGCUAAAUGGACUUAUUUAGUAGCAGUCAUGCAGUAGAGGCACAAUGAAGGGAGUAAAUGAGCUUUUUUCGCUGGACAGAGGUUACAAUUUUACUGUAACAUAGGUUGUUAUUUUCUGUAAUGACAAAACUGAAAAGCAUACAAAAAUGGUUUUCUUAGUCAUGAGAUCAUUUGUAAGUCAACAUCAUCAAAUUGGGAAAGGAUUUUGGAUUAGUCACGCAUGCAAGACGUCUACGUCUCGAUGUAAAUAGCAAUGCCUCCAUUUUAGUGUUUAUAGACCUUGGCUGUCUUGCACUAGCCAUUGGGCUCAUUAAUAAAUGACGUUUUAUUGCGUUUUAUUAUAUAUUUUUUAUUUUGUUAGUAUUGUAUUAAAGGAUGUAAAAGUGGGAUUUUUUUUUUUUUAAGUGUGCUGCUUGGUUGUUUUAGAACAAAAUGUUUAAUCUCAACAAUGUUUUAUGGUGAAGCAGACUUGUUUGUUUUUUAUCAGGAGAACAAUUCUUCAGACUUUACUGCACUCUUAGAUAAUUCAGAGACAUGAUUAUAACCUUCUAAUCAUCAGUGUGUGUUCUCCAAAUUGUGUCCUUGCUCUUCUGCAGCAUGAUUUCUUUUACAUAAGAUUAGGCCUACGCCUUGUUGUUUAGCUGGUUUCCCUCACUGAAAGCAAUGAAAGUGUGCAAUUAGACCCACAGAACUAAAAAAGGUUCAGUUACCUCAACCUUUCUGGAACUUACAUGACGUCAAACUGACACUUCAACUUCAGUAUCGAUAACUUUGUCUAAUAUUGACACUUUUAUUAUUUAUUGAGGAUACACAGGAGCUGUAAAGAACUCUACAAACAAUGUUAUUACCUGCAUUUACAAUAUUUGUAAUAAACAGGGUGAAAUAAAGAUCUUACUUGUU